AGCAAGAAAUGCCAGAAAAGGAAGACGUCUUUCGUCUGCAGAUAUAAAGCCGUGGAGGAGUGUGGCUGUGGAUGGAGACGAUGGCCGUCAUGUUUGUGCUGCUUUUCUUCAUGGGGGGGGCUGCUGGUUCCCAUAUUGUCGGAGGCAGAGAUGCAGCCCCCCACUCACGCCCUUACAUGGCAUCGCUGCAGGUCAGGGGUCAGCACAUCUGUGGGGGGGCGCUGGUCAGGGAGGACUUUGUGCUGACUGCGGCUCACUGUGACUUGCCCAUACCUUUCACCGUUGUGCUCGGGGCAGACUUGUUGCAAGAGAAUGAGCCAUCGAGGCAGACCUUCAGGGUUCUCAGAUCCAUUCCACAUCCAAACUACAAUGAGCUGUCCAACGACAUCAUGCUUCUGAAGCUUGAUGGCAGAGCUCGGCUGACUCCAGAGGUGCAGGUCAUUCCUCUGAAGUCAGGAACAGUGGGACCAGCGAGCCAGUGCAUUACAGCUGGCUGGGGGGACAUCGGGGACAACAGGACCAUAGCAAACCGGCUGCAGGAAGUUGAUGUCACCAUUCUGGCUCAGAGGACAUGCAGACAGAGAUGGGGAAACGUUCGUGUCCUGAGGUCGAUGGUUUGUGGUGUUGGGGCCCGCAGCUUUCAGGGCUUCUGCUCGGGGGAUUCUGGCGGCCCAAUGAUUUGUGACGGAGAGGCAGCGGGCAUUGUGUCUUUUUCUGGGCGUCGAUGUGGAGAUCCCAGCACCCCUGACGUCUACACCCGGAUCUCCUCCUUCAGGUCUUGGAUCAUAACCCAGUUCAACAACAACUAGAAUAAAGAAGAUUGUUUAGUCCUGUUAAUGCACAACAAUUCCUAAAAUAUUGAUGUUGGUUUCUCCGUUUUGCAUUUUUACUUUCUACUUCAAUCACUUUGGUUCUGUUCACUCUUUGUGGUCAAACUUUGAGCCAGUUUUGUCAUUUUUUUAACACCUUCAUUCAUUUCUAUUGUUUAGCCUUAAACUUCAUCCCUUUAAUCUGUAAAUGCUCCUGAUGCUCCUCGUCAUCAAGAUCAUUUUGAGUUUCAGAAGAUUUUUGCAUCUUUAUGCUUAAAUAUCAUGAAACUUGCUGCACAGAACAGCUCAAAAAGAUGUUUUGUUUCCAAAUACAAACAUUUUCUACACAAAUCUAUAAACUGUAAUUGAAUACACAAUUUUUGAUUAGUUAUAUUUGAUAAGGCUCAUAUGACCUAAAUGUUUCUUUAACUAGUUUAAAAAGAUAUCUUUCUGGGUUCCUACAAUAACAAAUAUAUUGUUUUAAAUGUGUGUAGGAGGUGUAGAACCAUCUCUUGGUCACCAUAAUGUUAACCUCUAUGUAUAAAUAACCUGCAUCAAAGGUUGUACAUAAACAAAUCUAGCUUUCCUUGUUGUAGCUUUUAUUGUUAUUUGAUUUAUUUGUUAUAUUUAACUUUUUGCAUCGUUUUUUUGGGGUCGUGGGAGGUGCUGUUUGUCUGUCUGAAAGAAACCCAUCAUGAUCUGUGUAAACCAUUGAGAUGGAGAGUCUGGAUCAGAACCUACAAAGUCCUCGUCACCUCCCUCAUGUCUGACCUGUGACUCCGGUACAGAAUAAAUAAUGUCAUCUUAAAAUUACUUUUUUUUCUUUGUUUUUUUUCUGCCUCAACCAUGCAUUCAAUAAACAGUUUGUGAA